AGAGAAGUUUUGGUGUUUUAUCAUCAAUCGUGUUGUAUUUAUAAAUUAUUUAUAGUUAUAAUUUUAUUCAUUUAUUGAUAACUGAAUAAUAUUACUUUAAAAUAUAUAUUUACUUGAUAAAUUUUAUUAUAUUAAAGGCACGUGCCAUUCUAAUCACAAUAACGUCGCGGUUUUAAUCACGGUCUUUUUUUUAAAAAUAGAACUCUUACGAAAUCCUUACCUGUCAAAACAAAAAACCUUAGUUUUAUCAACUACGAAAUUCUAAAAAGUAAUAAAGUAAAUCAGUGUACAAGGUCUAUUGUGUGUUCAUAAACCGGCGUGCCAUGAGAUAAUGUCUCGUAAGAGAAAUCGAAUGGAAAACGAAAAGGAAAUGAGUUCUAAAUUGGAAGAUAACGGCGACGGACCCAACGGUAGUGAUGCGAGUUUUUGCAGCAGUAGCAGUCAAGUCUUCGCUGAUGGUGCUCAGGCACUCUGCACAUCAGCGCCGUACAGCACAGACCCAGCCGCAGUAGCGGAGCGCGAGAGAUGUCGCUAUGGCCGCAUUCCGCGGUCGAGUGCACUCGCUGGCACAGCACAACGGAGGGUUCGCGUAUACGCGGACGGUAUAUACGACAUGUUCCACCAAGGACACGCGCUACAGUUGCAGCAAGCGAAGACAGUUUUUCCCAAUGUAUAUCUCAUCGUUGGAGUGUGCAGUGAUGCGCUUACGCACAGUCGAAAAGGCCGGACUGUUAUGACUGAGGACGAGAGGUAUGAAGCAGUUCGGCAUUGCCGAUAUGUUGAUGAGGUAGUCCGCGAUGCACCAUGGGAAUAUGAAGAAGAAUUUUUAGAGAAACACAAAAUAGAUUUCGUUGCACACGACGAUAUACCAUACACCUCUGGUGACUCUGAAGAUGUCUACGCGAUGGUCAAGUCCAAAGACAUGUUCGUCGCCACGCAGAGGACGGAAGGCGUUUCCACGUCGGAUAUAGUGGCCCGUAUCGUCCGGGACUAUGACAUGUACGUGAGAAGAAAUCUGGCCCGAGGCUACUCGGCCAAGGAGCUCAACGUCUCCUUCCUUAAUGAGAAGAAAUUCCGCCUUCAGAACAAGAUGGACGAGCUCAAAGAUCGGGGGAAGAAGGUCAUAACAAAUAUCGGCGAAAAGAGGGUAGACAUUCUCAGCAAAUGGGAAGAGAAGUCCCGGGAGCUGAUCGACGCAUUUCUGCUCCUCUUCGGCCCCGAUGGAAGACUCUCCAGCAUCUGGAAUGAGUCCAAGGGUCGGCUGAUGCAGGCCUUGAGUCAGCCACCUUCGCCGCAAGCAUCCGAGAAUGGAGAUCCACAUGAGAACAGGAGUUCAGAAUCCCCUCCACCGACUAAGGCGAGGCGUUGUGAUAACCUUUGGGACCCGCAUGCAGGUAACUGGAUGCAUCGAGCUCUGACGGCGGUGGUGAACCGGAAGAGGCGGCUCAGCGACAGCUGACCGACGACGGCUCCGACGACGACGACUACCAGGACCCGAGCCCUUACCUCACCUAGGAGUUGGGACUACCCUCGUCCUUCACUUUCCACCAGCUAAGACAUUUGACAAUGUAUAUUCCAUAAGGAAAUAGAGAAUGUUGUUACUUCCAAUUGGCUUUGAUAUUCUGCCCUCACUCGGGCAGGUCUCUCGAAAUUUUAUGUCAAAUGUGUGAACAUUGUACAAAUAUUUAAAAUCAAUAUUAUAUAUUUGUGUCAUAAUUUUCUGUUAUGUAUUCAAACUGACUAUAUAUAGUCAUAUAAUUAUUUUUAAUUAGACGAAGUCAACUGAUGUUUACUGUGUUAAAUAAAAAUGGUGUUGUGACAAAGUCAAUUCUGACAGAUCAGCCUCGAUUGUCUAUUGAAUAUUUAUUGCCGGACUGCUGAAUCUAUAUAUUUUAGUUGUCCUGUGUAUAAUACCAACAAGUUUUUGACGACUAUGUUCCAAUACAUCUACUAAUGAUAUAUUGAAGUCCUUCCAAAAGUAUUUUUACUUCUGUCAUUUUAAAGGUUUUGUUCUUGCAACAUAUGAUGCACUACUUUUAUACAAUUUUAUUGUAAAAUAGAAAUAUAACUCCUUUAUAGUUUGAAAUGAUUAAUUUUCAUUCAUUGUUCAUUCAUCUGAUUGAACGAGAACUGAUCGCAUCACUAUUUAAAUAUGGCAACAUUUUAGAGUGACAUUAGCUACUGACAGUUGGCUUCGUCUAAUUAAAAAUACAACUAUAGUGAACCCAAAUGUUAGUUUGAUUUAGAGAUUCAUUCCUCGGAUACUAAAAAAAUGUGUUAUUAACAUCAGGUAUAUACGGUUUUCAUUGAUACAUAUAUAUACAGUUGAUAAACCUUUGUAAUUUCAUAACAUUGUUUUUCAUGUAUUUCUUAGUUAUUACUGUAUCCUUUAUUAUUUUUAAUAUUUAUCUCUUGGUCGGUUUGGUAAAAAUCUUUUAUUUCAUUAUAUAUAACUUAUAUAAAUAUUAUGUUCUGUAACAACAAUGUAUGUAUUGGAAUAAGCACAAUAAUUAAGAAACAUAUUGACUUGUGAUUUAAUCUGAGGAAUGAAACAUCGGCUCAUAGUAUAAUAGUCCCUCUGUACCGAGCUGUAUAAUAUACAGUUAAGCUGUAUAAUAUACAGUUAAACUGUAUAAAAUACAGUUAAGGCAGUGAGAUAUGGUGACAUAAAUGUUGCUUUUCUGAACUUACAAUAAUUUUUAUAUUUGUAUUUUAAUUUUGAUAAAGUUGGGUAAAACAUAAUCGACAAAGUAUUGCUAUACGUGAAACGUCCCUAAACAUCGAAAGAAUGAUUAUAGCGAGCAUUUCUUUUAAAUGAAUUAAAUUAUUUAUGUUUUCUGAAUGUUUUCUGUACCCAAGUGCGAAUGAAUGAUUUAUCCUAUUAGUUUUAUUAUUUAUAAAUUAUAACACAACCUCGUGUAACCUAGGUCUCUAGGUGACCAAAAGAUAUAGAUUAUUUGUAUAGAGUACUCUUUUAACAAUUAAAUAAAGAAGUGCUUAUUAA